GCCACUGUGCUUGCUGUCUUGCCACCGUCGAGCAAUCGAUACUUACUGGCUGUGGUCUCUGCGUGCCGUGAAGACCAUCAAAUCCAACUAUAACCAUAUACAAACACAUAUGUAUACCUGAAUUUGUGCAUAUACACAUAUGCAUGUGUAUCUGUAUAUGCAUGUAAAUAUAUUGCGUAUGCACGCUAAUAACGCCUAAUUGCAAACUAUCCGAUAAACGCAAAGUGCGAAGGAGGUGCGCGGUAUCAAGUGUGUAUGUGUGUGAGUGUGUGAAACGCAUUGUCACUUGUUCCUUCUGCUGAUCGGACGUUCGCGUAUCCAAACAAUUAAUAAACAAUAAAAAAAAAAUACAUUAACUGUGUGCAUAACAAACCCGAUGAACUUUACGACAGACAAUAACAUAAAUAACCGAAUAGUGGAGAAGUAGCGGUAAUGGCCGACUGGUAAUCAAAACAAAAACGCUGAUAAUCGUUACGAAAGGCGAAUAAAUUAAAGAAGCAUACAUUAUUUUCUUAAUUGCAAACAACAAACAAAAAUUGAGCACUCAAACAUGAAAACUCCGCGAGGUGCUAGUGAAUCGUCCACAACAUCCGACAACACAACCGAAUUCAUCGAUAUCGUUAAGAAGUAUGAUGUUGUUUAUAAUACACACAAUCCCGAUUAUAAAAAUGUCGAAGUGAAAAUGAAGGUUUGGUCGCAGAUUGCAGAGGAGAUUGGCCUGUCUGUUGAUGCAUCCAAACGAAAAUGGAAGAAUCUACGCGACAGCUAUACCAAAUAUUUGCGUUCUUUUCGCAUCGGCACGAAAACAUCGAAAAAAUAUCAGUAUUGGGCCCAUGCCGACCAUAUGGAUUUUCUAAAACCUUAUCAGGGACCUGGCAGGCAUUCGAACGGUAACUCGAACAGCAGCAACAGUCACAAAACUAAUGAAGAUACUGAGGACACAGAGUGUGAUUUCGGCUUUCAAGUAUUAACUAAAGCCGCUACAAAUUCUUCUUCGGAUGACGAUUUAAAAUUUAAUGCCACAUCUACAAUGCCCACUAGUACAACAGUCCCGGCGCCAACGCCUAUAUCCGUAUCCACCAUUCCACCGGCUGUAUGUGCUGCGAUUACCAACACUACGGUCACAGCCGUACCAUCGAUCCCCAAUCAAACUCCCGCUCUUUUUCCACCCUCAGCUGUAGUUUCAAUUCCUGCACCAUCGGCUGCUGCUUUCUCGCCCAACAAUUCGGCAGCUAUUAGUUGCAUUGCCCCCAGCAAUAAUAUUGCUGCCACAGCUGCCUCCGUUGCAGCUCUUACCAACUGCAGCGGUGCUCCAGCUGUAAGUGCAACAACCGGCACACUUGUUUUGCCCGUGCCAUCGUUACCGACUGUACAAUUGCCACCAGUACCAACGAUGAACAAACCACUUUUAGGCCCCAUUUCAACUAUGGGUCCAACAAAUAUGCCACCGGCACAAAUAUUUCCCUUGCCGCCAUUAGCGAAUGUACCAAAACCUGCGACGCUGAUGCCGGCCAAUAGCGCAGCCAGCAGUGUCGGUUGUCUCAUUAUCGAGCCACAGUUGUUUGCUUCGGCAGAUACAUUCAAGAAGGAAUUGAGCGCCCCCACUAUAGGUCUCUUCCAUAAUAUAACAUCGCCAGCAACAACUACCGCCAGUUCAACACGUGUCAAUCCACCACUCAUAUCGAAGAUACGUCGUGUUCAACCAUCACCACAAACGGCAGCCAUCAAUCUGAGCUUCAGCGCAACGCAGCCAACUGCGAAUAACAACAGUACCAACAAUAAUAACUCUAAUAGCUGCAGCCACCCACCACCAGCGAAAACACGUAAAACAAGUGAUCGUGCAGAAGUUGAUAUCUCAGCGAUAUUGCAAGCCAAUCGCGAUUUGGAUGCUAAUACAUUAUUUUUCCUUAGCUUGGCACGUAUGGUGCGCGCCAUGCCAACCAAAUUCCAGUCACUCGCAAAAAUGCGGUGUAUGCGCAUUGUCAGCGACAUCGAAUUGGAGCUAGAAAAUGUGAAUGAAUGUGGGGGUAUGCCACAAAAUGACGAUUCCCACGGCGGAAAAUUUUGUAGCAUGGAUUCUUCGCCCUCCCCACCGGACGGUGCUACCAUUAUACCCAAUAAUCCGGUUACCGAUACAGGACCAACUGAACACUUCGUGUAUGUGAUGUCACCAUCGCGUGUGGAGAGCAUGAUUGAUAUUUCAUCCGAUGAAGAUGGUACCAUGAAUGGUAACUAGAUGCGUACAAAUUAGUCCCCCUUAUGUAGUAAAAUGUAAAUACAUAUAUAAUGAAAGAUACUCAGAAUAAAUUUUAAGGUAAUUUUAAUUUUAAUUUGAAUGGUUUCUUAAUAAAAUUUACAGAUAUUGAAACUGAA